AUGGCGUCGCAAUCUCCCCUCUACAUCGGGUUCGACCUAUCAACCCAACAAUUGAAAGGCCUAGUGGUCAAUUCCGACCUGAAAGUCGUUUACAUCGCCAAGUUCGAUUUCGACGCCGAUUCUACCGGUUUCCCCAUCAAGAAGGGAGUCCUCGUAAACGAAGCGGAACAUGAAGUCUUCGCCCCGGUCGCAUUAUGGCUCCAGGCCCUGGAUACCGUGCUGGAGAACCUGCGCAAACAAGGAUUGGACUUUAGUCGCAUUCAAGGCAUCAGUGGAGCUGGACAACAACAUGGGAGUGUCUACUGGGGUCAGGAGGCGGACUCGCUGCUUCAGAACCUAGAUGCGGGGAAGUCCCUAGAGGAACAACUGCAACCCGCAUUCUCGCACCCAUUCAGUCCCAAUUGGCAGGACUCAAGCACCCAGAAAGAGUGCGAUGAGUUUGAUGCCAUCUUAGGAGGUCAAGAGGAGCUUGCGCAAGCUACUGGAAGCAAGGCACACCACAGAUUCACCGGUCCCCAGGUCCUCCGAUUCACACGAAAGUACCCUGAAAUCUACCAGAAAACAGCCCGCAUUUCCCUCGUUUCAUCCUUCCUUGCCUCCCUUUUCUUGGGCCAUGUUGCCCCCUUCGAUAUCUCCGACGUGUGUGGCAUGAACCUGUGGAACAUCCAGAAGGGCGCAUACGAUGACCGCUUGCUACAACUUUGCGCUGGUAAAUUCGAAGUCGAAGACCUGAAGAAAAAGCUCGGCGAUGUGCCUGAGGAUGGCGGGCUUCAUCUAGGAUCCGUUCAUGAAUACUAUGUCAAGCGCUACGGCUUCAGUCCCAACUGUACCGUGAUCCCAGCAACCGGAGACAACCCAGCCACCAUUCUCGCAUUGCCCCUCCGACCCUCGGACGCCAUGGUAUCAUUGGGUACCUCCACAACCUUCCUUAUGUCCACUCCGAGUUACAAGCCCGACCCAGCUACCCACUUCUUCAAUCACCCGACAACCGCCGGAUUAUACAUGUUCAUGCUCUGCUACAAGAACGGAGGACUCGCGCGUGAACAUGUCCGCGACGCGAUCAACGAAGGUCUAAAGGAUACUUCAGAGGAACCCUGGGCCAUCUUUGACAAGCUCGCCAUGACUUCACCGGCACUUGGACAAUCAAUCACAACUGAGCCCAUGAAGAUGGGCCUCUUCUUCCCACGACCCGAGAUUGUCCCGAACAUCCACUCGGGCCAGUGGCGAUUCACCUAUGACCCAAAGAAAGCCACAAUAACCGAGACGACAGAGGGAUGGACAGUGCCCCAGGACGAAGCACGCGCCAUUAUAGAGAGCCAGAUGCUUUCGCUCCGACUCCGCUCCAAGGGUCUCACAGAGAGUCCUGGGAACGGACUUCCGGCCCAACCGCGACGAGUGUAUCUCGUAGGUGGUGGGUCUAAGAACAAGGCGAUUGCCAAGAUCGCAGGUGAGAUUCUCGGUGGCGUUGAGGGUGUUUAUAAGCUUGACAUUGGUGACAAUGCCUGUGCCCUUGGUGCAGCAUACAAAGCCGUGUGGGGUAUUGAGAAAAAGCCCGGUCAAACCUUUGAAGAUCUUAUUGGUCAGCGGUGGAAGGAAGAAGAAUUUAUUGAAAGAAUCGCGGACGGAUACCAGCCUGGCGUAUUUGAGCAGUAUGGCAUGGCUGUUGAAGGGUUUGCGAAGAUGGAAAACCAUGUCGUGCAGCAGGUACGAAGCGGGAAACAAUAA